AUGCGAUAAUGCGAUAUACAUUUCAAGAGAUCUGUCAUGAACCUGUUGCUAUCGUUUGUUUGAUUUGAUAUUUUUAAGUUUUUAGAUGAUUUUCAGUAAUAAUUAAUAUUAAACAGUAACACGCUACAAAAUCGCAUAUGAUAUAUCAAUAUAUUUCCUCCACAUUCCUAAUAUCCAUAAAAUUGUGAAUGCAACAAGUGCUCACAUUUAUACAGUUGUGGGCUACUUUCGAUUUAGAUAAAUUAAUUAUAAAACACUACGGAUAUAUUGUACUAGAUGAUGGACAAAUUGCGUCGAGCUUUGAGCGGCAAUGAACAGACCGAUGAGGAAAGUGGAAUAAUCACACAAGUAAUAAAUAAUUAUAUGUUUAUUUUUUCAAAAAUACGACUGUACUACAUUAAAACUUUUGUUUCACAGAUAUCUGAUGCAUCUACAUUAAGUUGGUCUACCCGAUUAAAGGGAUUCAUAUUUUGUUUUGUUAUUGGAGUUCUGCUUUCCUUUUUAGGCUCGUUUGCUCUAUUUUUGUCAAAAGAUUUAACUGUUUUUGCAGUAUUUUACACUAUUGGAAAUAUUGUGUCUCUUACUAGUACAUGUUUUCUAAUGGGACCAGUCAAUCAAAUUAAGAAAAUGUUUGCACCCACAAGAAUUGUGGCAACUGUCAUUGUUGCUGUAUCAUUUGCUAUAACUUUGUUUGCUGCAAUUGGGUUGAAGAAUCCGGGUUUGGCACUGCUUUUCAUCAUAAUACAGUCAUUAGCGAUGACAUGGUAUUCUUUAUCAUAUAUACCCUAUGCUAGGGAUGCUGUUAAGAAAACUGUCUCUAGUUGUAUAACAUAGUCUGCUUAGCAGUACGCUUCAAAAUUAUAUGUAAAUGUAAAUUUUAGAUUAGUUUAAUUUAAAUUUUAAAAUUUAAAGUUAUUUUAAUAUAUAAAUGUAUAGUAUUCCAAAUGAUUUCUGACUAUUAUUAAACUAUUGAUAUUGUGGAGAUAUUCAU